AUGAACACGUCUCAUAAGCCAUAUCCUAUACUUCCAGCUCCGAGAGUGAGAAGGAACCCUGCCACCAAUAAGGAAGCUAGUCGCUCUCAACAGCGACGGAAUGAAGAUGUCGCCAUAAACCGGAACUCUCGGGGGGUAGCAUCUGAAAACAGUGGACGUAUGAAGGCAUUUUUACGUUGUAAGGAAACAACUAGCAUUGUAACCUACAACGUCAACACACUACUUGAUGAGGAUAAGAGGUGGGAAUUACAGCAUUGCAGACAUUGGCAGUACAUAGGAAUUCUCGGUGUGCAGGAGCAUCACAUCAUUCACUCUGACCACAUUGAUUAUACCAAGUUUGACACAAGCACUCUAGUGACUUCAUUUGGAUGGAGAAACAAAUCCCAAGCAGCACAAGAUGGGGUUGGACUACUCUUAGACAGGAAAGCUAGAAAAUCUCUACUGAAAGUGGUACCAUCUAAUUAUAAGAGCGGAAGAAUACUAGUAGCUGCAUUUGAUGGAAAUCCUCGUACAACCGUAAUACUUAUCUAUCCACCUACCAACUGUGCAGAGGAAUCUGUCAUUGAGGAAUUCUACACAGAGCUAAGAAACGUACUCCAGGAUGUCCUUGCCCACAACUUCCUUGCAGUCAUGGGAGAUUUCAAUGGUAGACUAGGCCCUGCGCAAACAAACAGAAGUGGAAACUAUCUUGCUGAAAUUCUCGUUGAAUUCAGACUACUAGCAGCAAACGCACAGUUCAAGAAACGCCCUGGAAAACUCUUCACAUUCAAAUGUAGAGCAUCCAGCACACUGAGACAUUUUGACUAUAUUCUUGUCCGUCAAAAAUGGAGAAAUAGUGUUCAUAAUGCAGAAGCGUACAACUCCUUCGGUAGUGUAGUCUGA